AUGUCCUCCGACCCUUUGCUGCUGACAGCCCCGCAGCUACGAGCAUUAUUCGACAUUCUCACUCACCACGAGACAUAUGCUGAGGUGGAGAGCUUCAAGGAUCCAGAUGCCAUUGACAAUUAUGGAUUCCCCUUCUGUCCCAGCAGCAGCAGCAGCAGCAGCCUCAAUCAGGAGAAGGACAUAAAACAUGGAAAUGCAGACAGGUCAAAGUCGUCGUCGUCAUCAUCAGCAUCAUCAUCAUCACCGUUAUUGCAGUUGCUGCUGACACGACUCCUAUUGCCCAUGCCGGGCAUCAAAGAUCUCGAACCUGGCUUUUGGAACGCUAAAUUCAGGGGCAUCAUGAAGAGCUUUGCCGAGGCAGAUCUCUCUGAAAGCUACGACAAGGGCGCACUGGGUACUAGAAAGACUCUGGCCACUGCAGCUUCGGCAUUCCACGAGUCCAUCACCCGCGGCAUGCUUGGAGGGGUUCCGCAAAGGACGGACGACGCAGGGCCCGGGUUCACCUCGGAACACAGCACGGCGACCGGCCUGGAGAAGGCCUGGGACCAUGUCGUGUACGAUAUCGUCUAUGGAAAACUCCUCGAUGAAAUGUUUGAGCUUGCUGCCAAGUCGCCCGAUCUCGAGAGCCAUUCGCCUGCUGUAAGCGAUGCUGUCGACUAUGUGCUCAUCCAUGCUGCCACGAUCCUGCACAAGAUCUUUGUCUUAUCGCCCGAGGGCCAGUACAUGCUGAAACUCAUUGAGAGCACCCACAAGUUGAUCCCAUACUCUCUGGUCUGCCAAACUCUGCGUGUAGGCAACGCAGCUACCAUGAUUUCCGGCCUCGUGAGGAUCUUCUUGGCCAAGGUCAGCAUUGGAGGUUUGACCAACUGGAUUGGAUUGACGCAGAAUGCAGCCGACGGCCAGAAUCUGAUGCAAAGAAUAAUCGGCAUGGUCCUUGGUUGGGACGCGGGCGACUUUAAAAAGACUGUUGAUGGCAUCCGCAACAAGAAGGAACUCAGCAAGUCUGGUUUCAUUCCGGCCAUAGAUGCACAUCUCAAUGCUACUCCCCGAGAGCACGCCGCGGUUCGGCAAAAGAGCAUCCAAGAGAAGGAAUCCAUCGUGUCUGCAAUCCUGAAAUCCCAAAGUCAGAAGUGCAGCGCCGAGCCGACCGAGCAACAGCACUCUUUGCUGCUGGAAUACUACUCGGCGCAGCUCUCUGCCCAGGACAGGGAGAAAAUAACUCAGGUCAUGUGCCGCCAAAGCCCAGACUAUGUCACCUCCCUGAUACGGGAUGCCGUGGCAGCCUUUGACCCCAUAAUUCGUAUACUUCAUGAUCAUGUCGAUCUGAGGAAAUACGUGACCAACUCUCAAAGAUUUAUUGACGAACUCCUCGAGGUGAACAAGCCCAGGAGGGACAAAUCCAAAGGGUUGAUUCCUCCGUCGAUAGAGGACUAUGUAUUCCUGCUUCGGCGCCAUCGCAAAUGGUGGUUUGAAUAUCUUCAUGAUUUUGCCAAGGGAUGCCCCGAGGUCCGGGACAAGUUCUUUGCCUGGCUAAAGGACAAUGUACUUGAAUCAUUCCGACAGAAUAGUUCGAAUGCACACACGGGCGGCUCGCGUCAAGAUUCGGAUCGGAUGGAUGGUGCGGGCUCAAUGAGCGAACCGCUCAGGUCGGCCUUUUCUCGCUUGGACAAGGAAACACAGCAAACGGUCGCGCAAGCAUUGGAUGCAUACGACGCAUACACGGCGACCCUUGACGAACAGUCUAACAAACGGCUGCAGAGUAUCGUCGAGGGCUUACAAAAACAGAAGGAAAAUACCAAAGACAACCCAAAGCUGGGCAGCAUGAAAGGUCCCGGAGUGUACCACGCACGGUGGCAGUGGCUUCUUGAUGAGACGCUCAUUACACCGUCGAAACCCUCGGGGCCACCCAGGCACGGGAAGGACGUGAAAGACGUCAAAGCAAGGGGGAAAACGGGUGCUCUUGCCAGCAAAGAUGUCUGGGACUCCAGCUCGUUGCCUCAGGCCAAGUCUGAUGUGACGCCUGAGCCCCCAAAUGUCCAUGUCGUUAUCGAAGCUCUGGGCUCACAAUUCAAGAAUAUAGUGGCAGACAUCAGUACUAGGCAAAGGUCCGAAUAA